ACCACUGCAAGUAACAGUUCAGAUUCAGGAAAUGGGGUAAAACCUAGAGAAGUAAAAUAAUUCCCCAGUAAGAUUAUUGGACAUCUCCCUAUAGUACAGCUAUGUUUUUAGAAGCAAACCUCAAACAUCUUGUCAUUUCUUCUAUAAAUACUUUAGUUUAUCCCUUUAUUGUAAAAAGGUCUUUGCCUGGUGACCAGACCCUAAAGGAUCUGCCCGCAUGCGGGAGACCCGAGUUCAUAUCCCUGGGUCGGGGAAGACUUGCUGGAGAAGGGAAUGGCAACCCACUCCAGUAUUCUUUCCUGGAGAACGUCACGGACAGAGGAGUCUGGAGAGCUACAGUCCACGGCUUCACGAAGACUUGAACACAACUGCAUGAUUAACACUUUGCAAAUGUCUAAGUUUUCUCUGCCCAUAUUGUUGGAAGUUUAGGCUCUUGCAACUUCCUUCAUUUUCAAUAACACUGCAGUGAACAUAUUUGUGUAUGAAGCUUUCUCAUCUUUGAGGCUGUUUUUCUGGGGCUUGGCCCUGCAGAUGACAUUGUUGGGGUAAAGGGAAUGAGCACUUCAAGGCUCCCUGUGUUUGACCCAUCCCCCCGCCACCGCCACCCGCCCCGGGUGUCCCUGAAGGCUGACUUUGCCACCGAGGCCUUGGCCAAGGCCACCUAAGAGCGCGUGUUCCACUGGCUGGUCCUGUGCAUCAACAAGGCUCUGGACAAGACCAAGAGGCAGGGCGCCUCGUUCACAGGGAUCCUGGACAUCGCUGGUUUCAAGAUAUUUGAUAUGAGCUUCUCUCCCUUGAGCCCCCUCCUACCUCCCAAGUCUCUGCGGCUGCCUUUUCCAGACAUGCCUGGAUAUCUGCAGGGUAAUGCUACCGAAGCCCCGAUGUCCGCUGCCACCUUUGUUAGAAAUGCAUGGGGACAGAGAUGCCAGCAGAUCAAGGCCCUGGAGCUCAAGAGCAACCUGUACCACAGGGGCCAGAGCAGGUCUUCUUUGGGAGCCGUGCUAGCCCACCUGGAGGAGGAGCGGGAUCUGAAGAUCAAGGACGCCAUAUUCGGCUUCCAGGCCUAAUGCAGGGGCGACCUGGCCAGGAAGUGAGUCCCGGGACGCCCACCAGCGCCUCAGGGCCCCCAGCGGUCCUGUGGCGGAGGCAUUGAGGA